AUGAACGCGAUCCUUGCUCUCUGUCUCUGUCUCUGUCUCUCUCGUGGUUCCCGCUCUGACCAUUUCGACUUUACUUUACCCUUCGCCUCGCCUCGCCCCCCCCUCCUCCUACUGUGCAUGUACGCCCUCAAGCGCACACGGCACCACUUGCGCGUACACAUCUGUCGCCUCUCUCCGUUUGGCCGUUUGUUUUAUUCUCAGUUUCGCCCGUUGCUGUGCUUGGCGUGCAGGAGGAGAAUACACAGUGAGCGCCUCUCCCCCACGGGUUGGAGCCUUUGGACCCUCCGUGACUCGUGCGUAGCUGCGCCAUCACCUCUUCCCUAUCGGACAUCCACUCAACAUCGUGCUGGUCUCACUCACAGCACUUGCUCCCUUCCCCUACACCCACCGGCGCCUCCGAUCCCGACGAGCGCAUAUCGAUUUACCUACGACCCUCGAGUCAAGAUGUUCUAUACGUACGCAGAGAAGCAGGGCAGCGUCUUCUUCGACAGCUGGCAGAUGCGGCAAAUCGCCUUUGACACGCUGCGCCGCCAUCUGUACUAUUCCGACUGCGUCAGCCCAGAAAAAAUCGCCUACCCGAAUGCCAACGAUAACCCGUUCCCCACUAUCGACGCCUCGGAUGACUCCUUCGAGGACGGGGAGGACUUGGACAGCGGUCUUGGCACUAGUGUUGAGAACCCCGCCGUUUCUCAUCUGAUCAUGCGCCCCCCGGUGUCCCCAGUGAACCAGCGGCGUCACUUCGACGAGGCGCCGCCGCCGCCAAACAAUCCCGAUGGUGUGCAGUGGCGGAAAAAGAUCAAGGUGGACAUGAUCGUGGCAGUUGGUAAGGAGCAUGUGUUUCUGCUGGAAGACACACAUCUCAAGGAGACAGACCUGUUUCAGAUUGAAAUUCACGGAGAGGUACGGCCAAUGGCAUCUGGCGAGACACCAGCCCCAGGUCCGCUGCUGUGCCCGUCCGCCGGGCUCUCCGGAAUGCCAAAUCGGUGCACCGUGGAGAAUGACGAGUUCAUUCGCGACCCGUUCUUCCUUCGUGAGCUCUAUGAGGCGCUACGGUACCAGUUCUCGAAUCUGCGGAUGGAGAGAGAGCGUGCGGAGCUGGCCAGCGGCCAGCCGGUGGUAUCAGCGAAUGCGCGCAAAACGCAGACGCUGGAGUCGCCACGGUCGAAGGGUGGUGCCGUGUACCACGGCAGUCGCAUCAAGAUAGUCCUGCGCAUGCGCACAGACUACGAGUUCCGCCGUUUUGUGUACGUUGUGCAGACCGUGCUUGGGUACGAUAAGCUGAGUGCCCGACCGUAUCGCGGUCUCCCACCCUACGACCCGCGGAACGGCCUCAUCUUCUCCGUGAUCCCGAUGUGCGUCUGGCACACCUUUAAGUUACUCGACAAGGCGGUGUUCUACACCUUCCUGCGCGGCGACUUGGUCGGCCGCAACUCCAGCAAUCAGCUUUAUGUGGCACUGCGCGGCGCCUAUCUCUGUGUCACCCACGACAGCGUCCUUGUGAUGCGCAACACCGGCAACAUCCCGCGGUGGAUCAAGCUGCAGGAGGUGCGCGAGUUUUAUUACAACGUGACGAGUAGUCGCCCGUUUGUUGCCUUUAUCUCCGAGACCGGCUCCCCCGACAUCAUCUUUCUACCGCAGCCGCCCGUCUUUGGCGCCGAGGCGAUACGCCGCUUCAGCCCGUCGCUAGAGGUACUGCGGCUGCGCCACGUCAUUCACGAGACAUGCUUUGCCUCGCUCGAGAUUCGCCGAGUCAUCAACAUUAAGAUUGCCGACAUGUCCGUCCGCAGCUUCGUGGAGUGCUACGAGCGGGAGAUGCAGCGCGUUCUCGACCUAGACACCGCGCGGUGCUACGCUGGGGUGCUAAGCUGUCCGCUACCGAAGGAGCAGCUUGCGCAGGUGUGGCGGGAAGUUCAGGGCAUCUACGCCUCGCGGGACCAGAGCGUCAUUAGUCACGCAGCUAUUCCGCUCUAUCAAAACAACACGAACGACACCGCGCUCACACGCGAUCAGCUUGAAACGUUGUCCAGGCGCCUCGCUCGCGAGAGAGCGAGCAGGGACGACAUUGUAGGGAUGCCGUACGAGGAGGCGCAGCGCAUCCAGGCACCAGCGAGACGGGACAGUCGUCUGCACAGCCGUCACAACCUAACGACAUUACAUUUGCAUGAAACCACUACCACGCAGUCCACCAGUGAUACCACAUCGGCUCACUUGGACCCUCAAUCUACUCAUUCUUCGGCCAGUCCCGGCCGCGGCGAGACUCUAGCAGCGACCUCAAGCCACCCACGCGGCGGCCAGAUGACGACCGUAGGGGGCCUGGUGCAGGUCCAUGGCCAACGCAGUGCGGGCCAUGAUAGCGCCAACGACGGAUCAGCCGGGUCGCCGCUCGAAGGCUCCGCGGUGUCCGCCAUGUCAUCUCCAAGGCGGCCGGUAAUGCUUAGCGCGGCACCUCCCAAUACAUCUUCGUGGACGCCAGCGGAGGCGCCCGCUGGCGGGAAUCCGCACCGUCUCUCUGAUGUUGCUGCACUCAAUCUCUCAGGCCAUGCCGCGAUGUGGAGCGGCCUAGGCGACCCGCUCACUCAAACGAACCCACGCCUUACACAACUACCGAACCACCGCUUGGAGACACCGCAACUAUCCUCCAGCGUCGGCGGGGGCGCCCCCCGCUUCGGCGCGUCACCGGGGUUUGUAGAUGCUAGCUUCGCGAGCAGCCAGUUUGGCGGCAACAGUGUGCAGUACCAGAUUCCAGGAGCGCGUUACCUGAAUGAGGAUGAGAUAAAGGGUGGCAGCUCCUGUGUUGCGGUGGAUCAUCACACGCUCUUGACGGGCAACACCCCGCUCGUUGCCGACGGCACCGUUACUGGCUUCCUCUCCAGCACGGAGCUGAACGUGUCGGAGAUUGUCAACAAGAGCAUCACGGCGAUGCAGGCGGCGGCGCUGCCGCCCCUGAAGCGGUCCAACUCUGCCGAACUGCCGAAGGACACCCUCAAAAGGAAUGAGUUCAACACGACCGAUACGCCCCUCUCCUCCCCACCGACGCGAACGGGUAGGUACACUUCACAGACCAUCAAAGAUGACAACUCCUCCGUCGAAACAUGA